CCACACUGUGCAAUAUGGUUCAAGUACAGCGAGAUCACUAGUACUCCUCAAUUGCCGGACAGAACCGGUCGGCCGUCUAGGUCGCGGACAGGAUCAGCUUUUAUGAUCAUGCAGGCUUGACUCCCGUAGCUCUUUUCGUCCCCCUCACUACUCACCAGAGCUUAUUGCUUGGGAUGGCUCGAGAAAUGCUUAUCCGACUGUUUCCUGGCACUGCGCGCCGCAGAGCGAGAGACAAGACCCGACGAAGUGGGCGGAAGAAUGAAGCCCAGGAGCUACCACCUACGAUGACCGCACAUUCGCCAACAAGUAUACCGAGUAUGCUGAAGACCGUACAAGGCUGGGUCUGCAAACUGACCCGCCACCGUGAUGAUCAAAGCGACACAUACUGUCCGCACCUCCCAUUCGACCUUGUCGAGCUCGUUAUCGAGUUCUUCCGGUUCGACCUCCCCGCACUUGCCACCUGCUCCCUCGUCUGUCGCGCUUGGUAUGGUGCUACACUCCGACACUUCCCUCAUCGAGAUCGGACAUACAAAUUUCAUCAGAAGAGUGCUUUCAACACAUUCGCACGUCUCGUCACUUCACAGAAGAACAGACCGUAUUUUGGAUCCGCCUUCCACGCUCUAAUAAUUGUGGACGACCCCAUGGACCGAUUUGGGCACGUGUGGACGCUGCGCCUUCCUGAAAGCUUUCUCGCCAAGCUAUUGUACCUCGAGUUAGAGGCCGUGGAUUGGAGAUCUACCCGACUACAACCCUGCUUCCAGCGUCUCUCGUACUGCACCAACGUCGAACGUCUGGGUCUCACAGACUGCCGUUUUCGCAACGUAUCACUACUUCGAACAAUCAUCAACUCGCUGCGAGGUCUCAAGCGUAUCUCGCUGCGAAACAUAACAUUUGACACUCCGCCGACAUCAUCCCCUCCGAGCCUGAGUACAUCAUCUACGAUCACACAUGGACGGCUCCAAGAGAUUCGGCUCCGGAGUACUGUUGAUGGCUUGACAGACAUCGUCGGGCCUGUUCAUUCACAGAAUCUGCUCAAUCUGUGUCCUAGAUACUCAACUAUCACCUCUCUCGAGUUGGAUUUACGGUACUUUUCCUCCAUUCUACACCUGGAGCACUUCAUACUUUACUUUCACCAGCUCUCCGUGUUGAACUUGGGGUACAUGUUUAACUCCGAUUCAGGGCCGGAACGCGAAUUCGACACCGGCACGCCCCCUGCAUAUUUACAUCCUCGGCGCCACUCCAAGUCUGUUUCGCAUCUGGUCCUCGACUACAUGCCGGCAGGGUGUGCUACGCAAGUUCUGCAGUUGGUCGGGCGAUCCAUACUCAUGACUACGGAUGCGUGGCUGAGUAUCUCGUUGGCCGAUCGCCCAUCCGCAGAUGAACUGCGAAUCUUUGCGUGUUCCCUGCAGCAAUUCAAUACCCACCUCAAAUAUCUUGAUUGGAAAAACUUACAAGGAAACGAUCUGGAUGCUGUGCCGUGCACCGCGCAUAAUACGUCCCUCACUUGGCUCGAAGUCAGUUUGUGCCUCGCGCCAUCGCGAUAUAUACUUCACAGAUCUCUUCUGCACGUUUUAUCCAACAUCACAAAUGAACAUCUGCGGAGGAUCGCUAUUGGUGUCAAGUUGUCUCAUCUCACAGCACCUCGGAGCCGAAGCGGGUGUUCGCUCACGACAGUCGAUACGCGGGUCUCUACAUCCGCUUUCCACGAUGUUCUGUCCCGGAGCGUUUUCAAGUCCUGGCAGGGUUUUAGUGCACUCAUCGUCAUCAACAUGAAGGAGUUACGGGACAACGAUGCCCAGGUCUCUGCGAUCAAGCUCCACAUGGUCGACCUCUUUAGGCCGUGGUUGGAUCGCGAUAUCCUAGACCUCGAAUUCUACAUCGGCCCUGACGCUCCCGAGAUCAUCACCCAUACUCCUACAUCUUGAAUUUCCACGCGAGUAGUAGGCGUGUAAUGCCGAUAGUAGGACGCCGUCAGACGACUAGGAAGCGCAGGGAAGGAGGCAUGUGCUGUGAGGAUGCAGAUAUGUUGGAAGAACAGCUGGGCGAGCUAGAGGAGACGGCAAAGGACUGUAACGACGUGCAUCGUCCGCGAGAGAGCUAUUUAUCGAGUCAACCAAUCCACUC